AUCGUCUAAUACUCAAUCUGACAUUGCUUCACCUUUUUGUGUCGUUUAACGUUGGUGGAGAAAAUGAUCAACACAACCACCAAAAACAAGCGUUUGAAACGCAGUACGGUUUCAUUUUUGCCUUGCUCAUCAAGAUGCUUUAAGACUAUUUUUUGCGCUAUCAGACCUUCAAUUUCUGUUCAUUAAGCCCGUAUUUCUGCAAUAUUCGUAUAUGGUAUUUUCUUUGCUGGUCGACGCCCUUCAUGUUGUGAACGAACUUCAACACCUUCCCUACUAGCAACGGUUUUAACAAUUCCUUUGAGAAAUAUCUGCAGCUCAACUACGGCUCAGGAAAAGGCUAUUGAAUGUUCUCUCGUUCAUCACAUAAUCAGGUUGCUUCAUUUUCGUUCGCGGACUCUAUUAUCGCAUAAUUAUCUAGUGAAAACAACACAGUGUUCCCAUCGUUAUUUCGUUAUAUCUCUUAGUUCUUUUUUAUUCGUUUCUCAAUUCUGGGCCCCAUUUGAUUUACCUCUUCGUUUGUUCUUACCUAUUCUAUUUAAAUGAACAAUCAGAGUUCUGAGUGGUUUUUGAAGCCUCAAAAAAAACGAGUGACCUACCAUCAUGACAGCGCUGUAGGCAAUUAUCAUUAUGGAGAUAAACAUCCUAUGAAACCUCACCGGUUGACGAUUACCAAUCAUCUUAUUAUGGGGUACGGUCUUCAUCAUGAGAUGGAUGUCUAUUGUCCAAGAAAGGCUACGUUUAAAGAGAUGGCGGAAUUCCAUUCAGAGGAUUAUCUCGAAUUUCUACAGCGCGUCACACCCCAAAAUGUUGAUGAGUACUCAGACGUUCUCCAAAAAUUCAAUAUUGGAGACGAUUGUCCUGUGUUUAAUGGCAUAUAUGAGUUUUCUCAACGUUCCGCCGGUGCAAGUCUUGAUGCUUCCCGAAGGCUGCUUCAGGGACAAACGGAUAUUGCGAUUAAUUGGAGUGGAGGUCUUCAUCAUGCUAAGCGCGGUGAAGCCAGUGGAUUCUGCUAUGUGAACGACAUUGUGCUGGCAAUCUUGUCUUUGCUAAGGUACUACCCGCGGGUACUAUAUAUUGACAUUGACAUUCACCACGGUGACGGCGUUCAAGAGGCAUUUUACGAAUCAGACCGGGUUAUGACUCUCUCGUUUCAUAAGUACAACGGCACUUUUUUCCCCGCUACAGGAAAAUUUGACGAGAUUGGUAAAAACAAAGGCAAACAUUUUGCUCUAAACAUUCCUUUAGACGAUGGUAUUGAUGAUGUUUCGUACACCAGCUUAUUUAAGUCGAUCGUCGAACCGACCAUCAAUACAUUUCAACCUUCUGCUAUCGUUUUGCAAUGUGGCGCCGACUCACUUGGGUAUGAUCGACUAGGAGUUUUCAAUCUUAGUGUGAAGGCUCAUGGAGAAUGCGUUCGUUUUACCAAAUCGUUCAACAUCCCCAUGCUUGUUAUUGGCGGAGGCGGCUACACGGUAAAGAACGUCGCUUUAGCCUGGUGCUACGAGACGUCUAUCUGCGUGGAUGCUUCCAUUCCGAAUGAGCUUCCGGCAUUCACUCCGUAUUUCGAGUUUUUCGCACCGGACUACACUCUUCAUCCAAAAGUGAGUAGCAAAAUUGAGAACAAGAAUUCUCCGCGUUCAUUAAACGCUUUAAGGGUUCGUGCUCUGGAACAGCUCCGCUACUUGAACGGUGCACCUAGUGUUGCUAUGCAAGAAAUUCCUCCAGAUAUAACAGGUCAUAUGGAUGAAGAGGAUGAUCGGCUGAUGGACGAAUAUCGCGACCGUAUGGUCGAUGUUCGACUCGAAUGUUAGCAUAAAAAAACUUGGCAAAGUACUAGCUACUCCAGGCUGCCACUGCCUCUCCCUCUUCUUUCCUUUUGGCCGUGUAAUAUUCUUGCUUUCUUCUUCUUUCGUUUUUCCCCCCAUCACUACUUCCGCAUUUGGUAACGAAUUCCCCCCAGAGAUAACCACAUAUAGUUUUAAUGUUCAUAUUUCUUUUUCUA